GUGAGUUGAAAAUUGGGUCCUAGAAGGCACGAAGAAAGAAAAACUCGAUAUAAAGAAAGUAGAUAGGGUUAAAGCAUUGACGACGAAGCCUUCUUCGAUCUACACUUCUCUUCUCUUAGAUUCUCUCUCUCUCUCUCUCUCUCUCUCUCUCUCUCUCGCUCUGUAUCUCGCAGGUUCUUAAUGGCGGAAUCUUCCAAAGUCAUUCAUGUUCGUAAUGUUGGACAUGAGAUUUCCGAAAAUGAUUUGCUUCAGCUUUUCCAGCCAUUUGGUGUCAUAACUAAGCUUGUGAUGCUCAGGGCAAAGAAUCAGGCUCUUCUCCAGAUGCAAGAUGUUUCUUCAGCAAUCAGUGCUCUUCAGUUUUUCACUAAUGUGCAGCCAACCAUAAGAGGUAGGAAUGUGUACAUACAAUUCUCGUCUCAUCAAGAGUUGACUACAAUAGAGCAGAAUAUUCAUGGACGGGAAGAUGAGCCGAAUCGUAUUCUCUUAGUCACAGUUCAUCACAUGCUGUAUCCAAUUACUGUUGACGUUCUGCAUCAAGUUUUUUCUCCCUAUGGAUUUGUGGAGAAGCUAGUCACUUUCCAGAAGUCUGCUGGUUUUCAAGCUCUUAUCCAGUAUCAGGCACAACAGUGUGCCGCCUCUGCUAGGACUGCUCUACAGGGCCGUAACAUAUAUGACGGGUGUUGUCAGUUGGAUAUCCAAUUCUCAAACCUUGAGGAGCUGCAAGUAAAUUACAACAACGAUCGAUCUAGGGAUUAUACAAAUCCUAACCUGCCAGCAGAGCAAAAAGGCCGUUCAUCUCAUCCUGGCUAUGGUGAUGCAGGAGUGGCAUAUCCUCAGAUGGCAAACACAGCUGCGAUUGCCGCUGCUUUUGGAGGAGGCUUGCCUCCAGGUAUAACCGGCACAAAUGAUAGGUGUACAGUCCUUGUCUCUAACCUGAAUGAUGAUAGUGUUGAUGAGGAUAAGCUAUUCAAUCUUUUCUCUCUUUACGGGAACAUUGUAAGGAUAAAGCUUCUUCGGAACAAGCCUGACCAUGCCCUUGUCCAAAUGGGAGAUGGUUUCCAAGCUGAACUUGCAGUACAUUUCCUCAAGGGAGCUAUGCUUUUUGGUAAGCGGCUUGAAGUAAACUUCUCGAAGCAUCCAAAUAUAACACCAGGCACAGACUCUCAUGAUUAUGUAAACUCGAACCUGAACCGCUUCAAUCGCAACGCUGCAAAGAACUACCGCUAUUGCUGCUCCCCUACUAAGAUGAUUCACUUCUCGACUCUUCCGCAAGAUGUAACAGAGGAGGAAGUGGUGAGCCAUGUCCAAGAGCACGGUGCGAUAAUGAACACAAAAGUGUUUGAGAUGAACGGUAAAAAGCAAGCUCUGGUGCAGUUUGAGAACGAGGAGGAAGCUGCGGAAGCGCUAGUGUGCAAGCAUGCGACUUCUCUAGGCGGAUCAAUUAUCAGAAUCUCUUUCUCUCAGCUACAGACGAUUUAAAGUCGACAAAGGCCUCUCUCUCUCUAAUUACAUUAGGGUUUGGUGAGGAUAAUGAAUGUAUGUUGCUUUAACUCAAACCUCUUUGCUUCUUGUUUGGACUUUACUGCACUCUUUUAACUUCUUGGUUCCUUGGUUUUAAUUGUUUGUGUUGAUUUCAUUGGCUUACAUUUAAUGGUAUUAAAGACAUACUCUCUCUGUUUCAAAAUAAAUGUCAUUUUGAUACUUUUCACACAAAUUAAAAAAAUUAUUAAAAAUUCUAUUUUA